UCGGUGGCGGAUGCUCUGCCGGUCUCCGGUCCCGUCACUCCCCGUCACUCCCAGCGGACUGCACUACCGGACUGCGAUGGAGCCGCUCGGCGUCAGCCUCCUGUUCGCACUGCUCGCCGGGCCUGCGCUGAGUACCGGGGCCACGGAGAUCCGGAGCUGUGCGGAGACUACACGGGAGCUGCGGGAGAGGGGCCUGGGGGAGACCCCGGGGGUCCGAGCCCCGAUAUCUGGUGAGCAUCUCCGGAUUUGCCCCCAGGAGUACACGUGCUGCUCCAGCGAGACGGAGCACAGACUGAGCGAAGAGAGCGUGCGGGACCUGCUCCGCAUAGUCAACGAGAGCGUCGGCUACCCCAUGGGGGUGCUAACCGGGGCAAGAAAAAGGUUCAAUGAAUUCUUCCUGGCUCUCCUUGACUCGUCUGAGCACUCCCUGUCGUCCAUGUUUGUUCUCUCCUACGGACGCUUGUACUCUCAGAACGCUGCUCUCUUCAGUACGCUUUUCUCCGAGCUUCGCGCUUAUUACCUAGGAGGAGGCGCUUCCAGGUUUGCCGACGCCCUGUCCGAAUUCUGGGCGGGGCUUUUGGAGCGCACGCUCCGUUUACUCCUUCCUCACUAUGAGCUCACCGCCGAAUACAUGGAUUGUGCAGCUCGGAGAGCUGAGGAACUACGACCCUUCGGCGACACUCCAAGGCGAUUACGUCUGCAGGUUACACGGGCGUUGGGGGCAGCAAGGACUUUGGUUCAAGGCUUGGCCACGGGAGGGGACAUUGUCAGCAGGGCUUCCAAGGCAUCCUUCCCGUCCGACUGCCUCCGAGCCGCCAUGCGCAUGUGGUACUGUCCCCUGUGCCGGGGCCACACGUCCCUGCGGCCCUGCCACGGUCUGUGUCUAAACGUGAUGAAGGGCUGCCUGGCCCACCAGGCCGACAUGGACGCCGACUGGAACAGUUUAAUCGACGGCCUACAGGAGCUGGCGGAGCGCCUGACCGGACCAUUUAACGUGGAACUCGCCACCGAGUCCAUCGCGCUGAAGAUUUCCGAAGCCAUAAUGACUCUGCAAGAAGAGAGCGUUCAGCUUACGACCCAGAUAUUCCAGUCCUGCGGGACGCCACCUCCGGCCCGUAGCAGGCGCUCGCCACAAGAAGAGUCCAGGCGGAAGUUCCGAGUGUACAGCAACGACGAGAAGCCCACGUCGGCGGCCGGUACCAACAUCGACAGGCUGGUCUCAGAGGUGGUUGGCAAGCUCCGGCCCCUCCGUGGACUAUGGAAGCUCCUGCCAUUGUCUCUCUGCUCUGAUCAUAGGGUCUCAGCCGGCCUCAGCAACCAGGACAAGUGCUGGAACGGUCAAAGCCGCGGAAGGUACCUCCCGCAGGUCACCGGCGACGGCCUGGUCAAUCAGAUCAACAACCCCGAGGUGGAGCUCCAGAUGUCACCUCCUGACCCCAGGACCAGACAACUUGGCCUCCAGCUCCGCGUGGUGAGGAGCAAACUGAGGGCGGCUUACAGCGGGAAAGACAGCGACACGCAGGAUGCAUUAGACGACGACGGCAGCGGCGGCUCCGGGGCCGGUGACGUCUUCACCGAUAAACCCGUAACCAGGACUAAGGCUGCAGAGACGGAACCGAAAGCUCGCCCGGGGAAGAACAGGAAACAGAACCCUGAUGGGAGUGGGAGUGGAGGGAGGGGAGGGAGGAGAGGCGGCGGAGGCGGCAGACACACAAACUCAGGUCAGCUCAACCCGUUCCGAAGGGUCGAGGUCCUCCUGACUGUGCUGCUCGGCCUCGUGCUGUCUCUAUGAGCUUACACUCACCAUAACCACGUGUGCUUAUAUCAUUUACAUGUGUGUGCCUGAUUUAUACAUGUAUGUGCGUAAUGGAGCGUGUGCGGGUAUAAUAGAUAUACAUGUAUGCAUAUAUAA